CUGAAAGUCAAAACAUCAUGAAAUGAAAAGAAGUGAGUUUUAGAUAAUAUUCGACUAUUAAGGUCUCUGAAAUGGUUUCGCAGGUGGGACAUUUUACUGUGUUGCGAUAAAAUAAAGAGCACUUGGUGUACGGUUGAGGAUGUUGUCAACUUUGGUAGUAGCAAUUCCCAUUGUGGUGACCUUGGCAGCUGCCAUCUUCUUAAUUCACCGCAGUUGGCAGCACCGUCCACAGCCUGACUCAGGAUAUCAACCAGGUCAUCACCCUGAUGACUACCCUGAUGACUACCCUGAUGACUACCCUGAUGACAACCCUGGUGACAGCCCUGAUCACAACCCUGAUGACUACCCUGAUGACAACCCUGGUGACAGCCCUGAUCACAACCCUGAUGACUACCCUGAUGACUACCCUGAUGACAACCCUGGUGACAGCCCUGAUCACAACCCUGAUGACUACCCUGAUAACAGCACUGAUGACAACAAGACUUGCCGAGCUCGUCAUCGCCGUCGAUGACACGGAUUGUGAAAGUCAAUAUGCAAACAUGUCUGACGCCUAGUGUGGAAGGGGCCCAGACAUCAGCAAUGAGUGCACUGUUUGUUUCGCAAAUGAGGGCAAUGUAAAGUUAUAUCCCUUCUCACACACCAAUGUGUGUAUAGACUGUGUGAACAAGAUCAUCACUGACGUGGACCGGAGCUGCAGGAG